AUGGACUCAUUCAGCGAUCGUCUAUUGCGGAAGAGAGAGGCUUUACUGUCAUCAAACGAUCGUCUGAGCAGGAAGAACGGUGUUCAGAAGGAAGUGCCAAGGAAAUCCGAAUCCAAUGGCCUCGUUUCGGUCGUUCAUUACUGGCUAAGAUUCCUGCUGAGACGAGGGUUUACCUUUCAACAAAUUUUGAAAGAGUCUGGAGUAAGUCGAGCCUUUCUGGAACAGACAUAUCAGGAACUCAGUUUGAAUAUACCUGAAGAGAGAGCUCCUAAUGAUGAUGAGCAAAAGAGGAUAGAUAAAUGCACUGGCUCACUUGAAAACAAUAACGGAAAGCCGAAGAAUAUAGAAGCUGACAUACGGCAGUUCAUGUUCAGAACAAUACUGGAAGUUAAUAAAAUUACUGCAUCUCUUCGAAACCCAGAGAUAGCAGAACAACUGAAAGACGAAAAGACUAGACAAGUGAUCUCGAAAUAUGGUCAGCAUAUAAAUCGUAGCUUACAAGGUUUAUUCCAAAAAAUAGAGGAUGCAAGCAACAGCUCGCCAACCCAAUUGCAGAGAGUUAAAAGAGAAAGAGCUGAUAAACUUCCUGAAUAUCUCGACAGAAAGAUAGAUAAUGAGAAGAAUCAAGCAAAAGACAAAAUCGAAGUCUCACCUCCAAGAGCUCUCGCAACUAGUAAAUCAAGCCAAAAAGUAUGUAUCCAGCACCCAAUCCAAAGUAUGCGCACUACUAACAACCUAGCGGCUCGUACAGGUCUGAGACCUGUGCAAACAACAAAACAGCCUCCAGCAAAAUUAUUUACACCAUAUCAAUCUCUGAUUCCCAAUAACAGUAAGCGAUGA